AUGUGGUCUAGGUUACAUGUUAGCAAAUGCUUCUGGGAAGCUUAUAAUGUGGACGGAAUAUUUGGCAUUUAUAUUUGCCAAAUGUUUCACUUGGAUGUUACGAUUGCGGUGUAGUCCAAGUUCAAAUGUCUUGAAGUUGCACUGCUUGCUCCACACUUGCUCAGCGGCUGAGCGUUAGCGCUCAAGUUUGACUCCUAUCUUACCCUGCUUUGCCUUCUGUUAUCAUGUCACUGAGGACUUACCCCGCAUUCUGCUCCCUCAACCAGCCUGAACUGGAAUUCCUGUCAAUACCGGUUCGGGCGCCUGCUGAUCAGGCGAUAAAUUUAUAUCCUAUCUUUGACGAGAUAGCUUGGCACGAGAGUCUCAUGGUCACACUCCAACUUUUUGAACAAUUUCUCAGUAGUGCAGGCCCGUACUACAGUAACACGUCAUCUUCACCGGCUGGAGAUUUUCUGGCCGUCACUCAGCAGAACAUGUCUCCUAGGGAAUUAUAUAUGCAGGCUCGCCAAACCGUUUCUCCUGAGGGAUCAUAUGCUCCGCUUCACGAGCUGACUGGGCCAGUGCGAUUGAAACGUGCUCAACCUCGCGUUGUUCAUGCCUGUGAUGAAUGCCGCAAUAAGAAAAAGAAAUGUUCCGGGGAGCAGCCACUGUGUUUAAGUUGCCAAAAGGCGGGAAGGGUAUGCACCUGGACACCCAUGAAAACUUCGAAAACCCGCCCCUGUCUCAAUUAUGGUGUAGCCAAGUUGUGUCGACCACCAUCUUGUACAAGCAAGCGGGACUCCGCGAUUAGGCAGCUACACAUCGCAGCCCCACAACCAACGUAUCCCAUCAAGCUUAAGGAUAUGCAGGGCGCAGCUAUUUCGGCGUCUGCUGUACGGAAUCCUCGAGCAGUGGGCUCGCCUUUGGGAGUUGGGUUUCCUGCGCAGAUAGCCACGCGUCGAACGCGGGCUGUUGACUUCAACUGGAGUGACUUGGGUUCGUCCGACUUCAGUCAGGAGUGUAUUCCGCUGCCUCCUACUUGACCUCCAUAUUUUGGCAACGUCUUGUCUCCCGUACAUUCUCUCCACAUGUGCCAACGACUGCGCAAUGAAGAUAUCUACCACCGGGCCCUUGCCGGACAGUGACACAUUGCAAGAGGAUACAUUCCUAUCAGACAUGUACAUCCUGUCCCUACGUCUCAUCU